AUUUGUCGGCAUUAAUGCAUCUGACAUAAACUACUCAGCUGGUCGAUAUGACGCGUCAGUUAAACCCCCCUUUGAUGUAGGGUUUGAAGGUGUGGGAGAUGUGGUAGCGUUAGGACUCAGUGCUAGCGCCGAUUACUCGGUGGGUCAAGCUGUGGCCUACGUGAAGGCAGGUUCCUUUGCUGAAUACACAGUCGUGCCUGCCAAACAAGCAGUUCCUCUUCCCUCUGUGAAACCCGAGUUUCUUACUUUGAUGGUAAGUGGUGCUACUGCAUACAUCAGUUUGAAAGAGCUGGGAGAGCUGUCUGAAGGCAAGAAGGUUCUGGUGACAGCAGCGGCUGGAGGAACAGGCCAGUUUGCUGUGCAGCUUGCAAAGAAGGCAGAAUGCCAUGUAAUUGGAACCUGCUCCAGUGAUGAAAAGGGUGGUUUUCUGAAAUCCAUUGGCUGUGACCGUACAAUCAACUAUAAAACUGAAAAUGUUGAGUCUGUUCUUAGGAAGGAGUACCCUGAAGGUGUGGAUGUAGUGUAUGAAUCUGUGGGGGGAAAGAUGUUUGACCUGGCUCUUAACUCCUUGGCUACCAAAGGGCGCCUGAUAGUUAUUGGGUUUAUCACUGGCUACCAAAACCGUACUGGCCUCUCACCCAUUAAAGCAGAGUUACUGCCAGCAAAACUGGUGAAGAAGUCUGCCAGCAUCCGGGGUUUCUUCUUGAACCAUUACCUUUCCGAAUACAAAAUGGCUCUGAAGGACUUGCUCAAGAUGUAUGAAAGAGGAGACCUGGUUUGCGAGGUGGACUUUGGAGACAUGUCUCCAGAGGGCAAGUUCACUGGCUUGGAGUCUGUAUUCCGUGCUGUAGAUUACAUGUACAUGGGAAAAAACAUUGGAAAAAUUGUAGUUGAAUUACCUCACUCUGUCAACAGUAAGCUGUAAAAACAGAACAAUGAUAUAAAUCAGAAGAGAGAAAAUGGGCACUUUAUGCUGUAGAAUUACUAGAAAUAAUUUCUUUUUUCCAAGCUUAGUAACGGAUAUUAUAUUAAAAAAGAGUAUUAAGGUGUUAAUAAAAAGUUGUGUUUCUUUUUUUUGUUUUGUUUUGGUUUCUUUUUUUCUCCUUUUCUUAAAAGUGCUUAAAUCAGUGGCUAUAAAAUGGACUUAAUGGGCCUGUGUUUGAUUCUGUUGCUUAGGCUAGUGUGAGACAAGAACAUUGUUCUUGACAGAAGAAGUCUUGAUGCAGAGGCACAUGUAGUCUGUCAGACUGGUUUGACAAGACUUUAUAUAUAGCUCAGCUCAGAAAAAAAAAACCAGCAAUUUUGAUUCCUUAAUUUAAGAAAAAAAAAAUUUUUAGAACAAGACAGAAGUAAAGAGUUGUAUCUUGUGGUUGCUCCAUUUAAUCUCUUGAAGUUUCUGGAAAAUAUGCUCGAUUUUUUUUGUCACAAAUAUGAUAAUCAUAAUUCAGUUGCAAC